CGGGGCUGCCGGUCUGAGUGCAGAGCUGCUGUCAUGGCGGCCGCUCUGUGGGGCUUCUUUCCCGUCCUGCUGCUGCUGCUAUCGGGGGAUGUCCAGAGCUCGGAGGUGCCCGGGGCUGCUGCUGAGGGAUCGGGAGGGAGUGGGGUCGGCAUAGGAGAUCGCUUCAAGAUUGAGGGGCGUGCAGUUGUUCCAGGGGUGAAGCCUCAGGACUGGAUCUCGGCGGCCCGAGUGCUCGUAGACGGAGAAGAGCACGUCGGUUUCCUUAAGACAGAUGGGAGUUUUGUGGUUCAUGAUAUACCUUCUGGAUCUUAUGUAGUGGAAGUUGUAUCUCCGGCUUACAGAUUUGAUCCUGUUCGAGUGGAUAUCACUUCAAAAGGAAAAAUGAGAGCAAGAUAUGUGAAUUACAUCAAAACAUCAGAGGUUGUCAGACUGCCCUAUCCUCUCCAAAUGAAAUCUUCAGGUCCACCUUCUUACUUUAUUAAAAGGGAAUCGUGGGGCUGGACAGACUUUCUAAUGAACCCAAUGGUUAUGAUGAUGGUUCUUCCUUUAUUGAUAUUUGUGCUUCUGCCUAAAGUGGUCAAUACAAGUGAUCCUGACAUGAGACGGGAAAUGGAGCAGUCAAUGAAUAUGCUGAAUUCCAACCAUGAGUUGCCUGAUGUUUCUGAGUUCAUGACAAGACUCUUCUCUUCAAAAUCAUCUGGCAAAUCUAGCAGCGGCAGCAGUAAAACAGGCAAAAGUGGGGCUGGCAAAAGGAGGUAGUCAGGCCGUCCAGAGCUGGCAUUUGCACAAACACGGCAACACUGGGUGGCAUCCAAGUCUUGGAAAACCGUGUGAAACAACUACUGUAAACUUGAGUCAUCCCGACGUUGAUCUCUUACAACUGUGUAUGUUAACUUUUUAGCACAUGUUUUGUACUCAGUACAUGAGAAAACCCAGCUUUCAUCUUUUGUCUGUAUGAGGUCAAUAUUGAUGUCACUGAAUUAAUUACAGUGUCCUAUAGAAAAUGCCAUUAAUAAAUUAUAUGAACUACUAUACAUUAUGUAUAUUAAUUAAAACAUCUUAAUCCAGAAAUCAAA